AUGGAGUUGCAAUCCAGACAGCUGAUGCCCGGUCCUGAGCGCAACGAUACUCAGGCGCCUCUUCUCCUUGGUAUAUGUGGGGGUUUGACACUCUUUGCGGUCCUCCUACUCUCUGCAAGACUCUGGUCGAGGGUGCGGCCUUUCUGGAAUCUUCACAUGGAUGAUUGGACGGCUGUUGCAGCGACGAUCCUUGCGAUAGCAAAAUAUGUCAUCGUCUGCGUAGCAUGUUCCUACGGCUUCGGCCAGCGGACAAAAUAUGUCUCUGCAGGCUCGCGUCUCGCCGCCAUGCGACUCAUCUUCUAUUGCCAAGCUCUCUGGAACUUCUCCAUCGGACUUGUCAAAAUCUCAGUCGCCCUCCUCUUGCUCCGCAUCAAGCAGACACGUGCCUGGCGCAUCUUCCUCUCCUGUACGAUCGUACUACUCAUCUUAACCACUAUAACCUCGACCCUGUUUCAGUUUCUGCAAUGCCGGCCGUUCAGCAUAUACUGGGAUCCCAGCAUCUUCUUGACGCGCAAAGUGGAGUGCUUGCCACAAGAAGCCAUUGUUGGGAACAUCGUUGCGGCAAGCGCGGUGCAUAUCUCGACCGAUCUCAUAUUCUCGCUGAUACCGAUAACCUUUAUCCGGAAACUACAGCGACCGCGUGGCGAAAAGAUCUUCCUUGGUAUUCUGAUGGGCCUUGGACUGUUCGCUUCAUCCUUCGCCAUUCUGCGUACUGUCAAGGCCAGUAUGAUACCCGCUGGUGGUGACGUCUUUCGAAUGACGGUGGCGCCUACAUUGUGGUCGAUGCUGGAACUCGAGCUUGCGUUGAUCGCUGCUACGAUACCGACGCUCAAGGGUAUUAUGCAGCGGAGCCUCGUAAGGACCGGUCACUACUUCUACGAUGAGAAGACCGAGACUCAAGUGCGAAACCGGCUUGUAGACCUGGGAUUUCUGGGUCCGAACAGCGACGAGUUUUUAGAGAUGGGGCAGAAGUUGUCGAAGCCAAACAUGGCUGAUGAAGUUGUGACGUUCGGGAGCGGGCCGAAGUCACAGAAAGCGAAGGAGGAGUACAGCAUGUCGGUCGAUGAGCUUACUCUGGUUGAGAGUGAGGGCCACGUGACAACCCGGGACUUGCGGGCAUUCGGGCCUUGAAGAUGCGCUCAAGAUGGAGGAAGCUACCCAUUUAAGCGCCCAAGCUCAUCGUCGCAGGCCAGAGGUCCCACCGCGUAGUCGCUGAUCCAACCGCUAUGUAGGCGACGCCUGGUGGUGGAACAAUGACACCAAAUCUACUCACGUUUGGCCAUCUGCAGGAUGAUGGCGAGCGCACGGCACGGAAUUACUGAAUGCCUUCUCGAGCAUAUCAUGCCCAACACAAGAGCCGAGUCUGAGAUCGAUCGAGCCGGGUGAUGAGCCUUUGGUGUUGUUGUGCGAAGUAUGAAGUCGGGCGGCCAGAGAAGGAAAGCGUAUAUGAUUAUAGGAUUGCGUAUGAAAGAACGAGACGUGAUGUGGAAGAUUUUGGUUAUGCGAGA